GGCCAUGGUCUACUAACAGAGGGACUCAUCACCGACCAAGAUCACAAAGAACCCCAAAUCUGCAAAAUGGUAAUCGGAGACAUCGAGAAGAUGGUAACUGUAGGCCUUAUUUGGGGCGCAACAAACGCCUUAAUGCGUCGAGGCGCACUUAUCUCUGACCAACAACUUCAAUACAAACAAUCAUCAACAAAAAAUCCAAUUCUCAAAACCCUAAUCGACUGGUUCAAUCUUAUAUUAGUCUGGCAAUAUUCUGUUCCAUUCAUCAUAAAUCUCUCAGCUUCCGCUACCUUUUUCGCCAUUUUAAGUCACACUCCGAUCUCUCUUGCUGUUCCGGUCACCAAUGCGACGACGUUUGCAGCCACUGCAGUGUUUGGGAUGCUUUUAGGUGAAGAAACGCGUGUUGGGUUGACUUUGUUUGGUACUUUUUUGAUUGUUCUUGGUGUUUAUGUUUGUGUUGUUUGAUUUUUCUGUAUGAUUGUUGAAUCUUGUAAGUUGGUUAGGAAUAAAUUUUGAAUUUUGAUUGGGUUUGUGUGUUGCCCACUAGGUGUUUGAUAAAAUGCUGAUGUGAGGUUUUAAUUUUUUAGGGUUUAAAUUGUGAUGUGCUAUAUGUAGUUCCUGUUCUUUGAAUUGUAAUAAACUGAAUAGUUACUAUA